AUGUCAUACUUCACCAUCUACGGUAUCAGAGUCAGUUGGACUGUGGUUCUGCUGCUGGGAUAUUUUGUGUAUUUAAUCCUGGGAGCUGCGGUCUUCCAGGUGUUGGAAAAGCAGGCAGAGGCUCACACUCGGAGUAACUUCAAACUGGCAAAGCUGAAGUUCCUUACAAACUACAGCUGUUUGGAUGGGCAGGCACUGGAGAGGUUUGUACAGAUUAUUAUAGACGCCUGGGAGAAAGGUGUAAACCCAACAGGAAACUCCACCAACCCAAGCAACUGGGAUUUCAGCAGCUCAUUUUUCUUUGCAGGAACUGUAGUGACUACAAUAGGCUUUGGAAAUCUCUCUCCCAGCACUGUAGGAGGACAGGUAUUCUGCGUGUUCUAUGCAUUAUUUGGAGUCCCUUUGAAUCUAACCUUCUUGAACCACCUUGGAAGGAGUAUGAAUGGCCACUUAAAGAAGCUGGAGAGAAACACUCAGAAAUCCAGCAACCACAGGCAAGCGAUGAAGAUUUUCACACUGGUGUUCUUCUUGAUUUUUGGCACGAUUCUCUUCCUGGUGCUUCCACCGUUGGUCUUCAGUUACGUGGAAGGCUGGACCUAUGGCGAGAGCUUUUACUUUGCCUUUAUCACUCUCAGCACCAUUGGAUUUGGAGAUUAUGUUGUAGGCACGGAUCCAGACAAGCACUACAUCUCCAUCUACCGGAGCCUGGCGGGGGUCUGGAUCGUCGUUGGAUUGGCCUGGCUGGCGCUACUCUUUAAUCUGGGUGGCGGGCUGAUGGAACGGGUGUUUGAGCGAAAGUGGCACAGAGAGAAGUCGAAGCAAGAAGACAAGAACAGUCCCAAGCAGGAGGAUUGCUGCACCUAG